GAAAACAAAAUUUGUAAACCACAAAAAUGACAAAAUAUGGUAGAAAAUAUAAAAUAUUUGCUUAAUUUACAGUAAACGUUUUAUCGGGGAUAUUAAAUAAAAUGGCGACAGCUGAGACAGAGAAAAAAGCCACAGAAGUUCUUAUUAAAUCACAUUAUGAUCAAGCAACGAGGUUUGUUUGUCGAUAUUUGUGACAUAUAUAUGUAAUUUUAUAUAUUUAUUUUUACUGUAUUUGAGGAAAUAAUGCUAUAUAGCACAAUAAAACAACAAUUGUCUAUUAGUUGUCUUGUGUAUUUGGUUGUUUUUAAAUAGAUUGCCAGAAUCAGAAUGUAAUAUUUGGUCUUUUAUAUUUAUUCCUUCCAUUCUUCCAUUUUAAUUAUCAUAGAUUAAGACCUAGCUAAGAUAAUUUACUGACAGUCCAGCUGUGUCUGUGAUAAAACAACACUGACAAUGAAUAUUUGGCAUGCUGUUCAUGUUCAAAUGAGGCAUUAAAUUAUAGUAACCUUUCAUUUCAAAUCCUCAUGAACAUCCAUAUAACCACAUGAGCAUGUCAGAAAUAUUUGCAUGAUAGUGGUCAUUCCAUGUAACCUCUAUGCUGAAGAUACACCAAUAUUAAAGAUGAUGUCUACUCCUGUGCGCAUGUGUGAACUUUGUUUACGUUUUGAACUGCUAUUUGUAAAAGAUGACAUACUAAACUGAAUAUCUAACACUUUUCUGGUUUGCUAUGCUUGUAAAUGAAUAUAAACUCUACAUUUCAAUUCAAAAAAGUUUGAAAGAUGCAAAAUUUGGGCAAUGUUUAUAUAUAUGGGUCCCCCUUUGUUAUGAGCAGAACUGAUAUGUGCAGAAUGGAUCCGGAGUGGAAAUCAUCUUUAACUAAUGUAUAUUAGAUAGUAUUGUAUUUGCCAAACUCAUGCCGAAGAUGUUCAACAAUAAUAGUUUAUUUGUACCUUAAUACAUUUUACAUGGUAAAAUUACAAUUAAUAUUAAAAAUAAUAUAAAUAAUAGGCACAGGCUUCGGGAAAUAACCUUAAGGGAAAGCAUAUUUAUUAGGGACGGACCAUUAGAUAUUUGAGGGGGGGGGGCAAUUUUUCUGUGCACAAAUUUUUUUUCAUCCCCCAGUUGCUUGCAAGAAUUUUUUUUUCAACAACAUUCCUUUGCAUGAUAUUUUUUUUAGGUGACCUAAAAAAUGUUUCCCGGAAAAAGGGGGGGGGGGGAGGAAGGCAUAAAUUUUUCCGACUGUCGUAAAAACACCGUUUUAAUGUUUUAGAAUAAUUACAUUACGAUUUUAAAAAUCAGCCCUAGUUCUUGCUCGAUUUUUUUCGAUAGGUUUGUUGUGCACGAUAUUUUUUUUCUGGAUUUUUUCUGUGUGUGAAUUUUUUUUUGGUAUUUCUCAAAUAUCUAAUGGUCCGGCCCCUUAUGCCAGGGGGCAGGAAGAUGUCGUAAGGAGGGGCACCUAAAUAUUUUCUGGCAUUAGAGGGGGCUCUUGAAAGUCUCUUCUACUAUACUGAGGGGGGGGGGGGGGGGGAGGCUCUAAACUUUUCAAAGUUUUGGUCUAGCAGGGGCCUGGAGUGUUCACUCCCACCAUAGUUUAUAAUAGAAUAGAUGGUUUGGAAACUCAUUAGAAUAACAUUCAUAGAUCUGGUCUUUUACCAUCACAUGAGUAUUGUAUUUUUGCCCGACUAACCAAAAGCAAUGUUUUAGGGAAGUUACCUAUCCAUGACUCAAACAAUAGGGUAAAUUGAAAAUUGCUAUUGGUGGACAUGGCAAAAAUAUAAUACAUAUGUGACGGUGAAAGAAUAUAUUUAUGAAUAAACGUUGACUACGACAUAGAUAAUGAGUUAUAUUGCUAUUGUAAUGAUUUCCAAACUGUCUAUUCUAUAUUAACUGACAUGGGGGAGCUCCACAUGGAAUACGUAAAGGAAGGCUGCAACACGCCUGUCAAACAUGCAUGCAAAAGCACCAAUAUGCUUCAACUUCUGAAAUUUUCAUUCUGUUUCGACCAAAUUUUCCAUGAAUAUAGAACAUAUCGUUCUUACAAAUCGUUUUUGUUUUGUUUUUGGAAUUGCUACUUUUUGGCUGGUAAAUUACGUCACAAACGUGGCACCAAAAAAAUUAAAAUGAGUUAUUGAUGAUUUUACUGAAUCCAUUUGUAGAGCAGACCAAGGGUACUUUAAUUAACUAAACUGAAAUCUGUUUCUAAAUACAACCAUUUUAUGGUAAGAUAUAGCGAUACAAAUGUCGAAAAAUCCGCCAUAUUGUCACUAAAAAUAGAACAAAAUGGCGGAUUUUUAGAAAUUCAAGUCAUAUCUUCGCAAGGAAUGGUUGUCAGGGACGUAGCAACUGGGGGUUGUGGGAGGAGGGUGUAAAACUCCCCCUACUGUGAAAUUCAGACAGAAAUCAUGUAAAAUUCAAGUUAAAAUUUUGACAUUUUCAGGUAAAAUUUGCGUAAUAAAGUAAUUAUUUUUGUGAAAUGAUAACCAUUUUUGUAAAAUACAGUCAAUUUACAUGCAAUUUGUUUGCGAAAUUUGCUUUAGAAAACGCCAGAAAUUCAGUCCUAGAGCUUCAAAAAUGUAAAAAUUUUCUGGGGGAGGAUCCCCAGACCUCCCUUUUCUCCCAAAACUUAGUAUGAGAGUGCCAAUCAAUCACAAAAAGCUUUAUUAUAAUUAUUACACGUAUAAUCCUCUGACAUCCCCCACCCCCCAAACGUCAGAUGCUUUGCUACGUCCCUGAUGGUUGUAUUCGAAACCGAUUUCAGUUUUAAGAUAUCCUUAGUCUGCUCUUCUAAAUGGAUACAUGAAAUCAUCUAUAGCUUAUUUUAAAUUUUUUGGCGCCAGGUUUGUGAAGUAAUUUACCUGCCAAAAAGUAGCAGUUCCAAAAACAAAAAAGCAUACGAUUUGUAAGAAUGAUAUGUUCUAUGUUUAUGGGAUAUUUAGUACAAACGGGAUGAAAAUUAAAGAAAUUGAAGCAUACUGGCACUUUUGCAUGCAUUUUUGACAGGCAUGCAAAGACAUUUGCAACAGAUGCCGGUAGAUACGUUGGGUGGGGGCGACAUUCUGUAAGGUUCCAGCACAUUACCCUGAUCCAGGAAAUCCUGGCCACUACAUGAACGUGUUCAAGACUCCGAAUACGCUGAAUGAUGGACAACAACAACCUGUUGAUAAUUUCACCCCUAGAGCCAAUUUAAAAUGUUUUAAAGACGGUGCCAUUUCAUCUGGCGCUAGUGAGGUGAAAGAAGCAGCAGAUCGGUAGUUUUGUUGAGGAGAAGCACAUGCUUGAGUAUAUCAGACAUCUUGAGGAACUGCAAAUUGUAUCUAUGAUAAGAGAGAAUUCCGGAUUGUACUCCUUCGAUUCCGAAUUCUAGAGGGGGGGGGCAUUGAAAAUUUUAAAAACUUGGAGGGGGGGCAUCGAAAUUUACCGAUAACCUCAACAGGGGCCCUGUAAAAAUAUGAGCUUUUUUCAAGACAUCUUCAUCCCCCUCCCUCGGUGUAAUAAAUGUACUUUCCUCUAAGAGGCUAAAAAUGCCAGGAAGCCCACUUUGCAGACAUUUUGAUAUUCGGAUUAUUAUAAGGUCGAGCAUAUUUCACUUAAAAUGCACCCUGGAUCCAUGUUUGAGAUCGAUCUCAAACAGUCAUGUGCCAGUGUAAGUAGUUACGAUAAAGUGGAACAUUGAAGUUCUGCUUGUAUUUUUCAGGUAGUUGUAUCUCUUUCCGUCUGCAGCUUUCGUGUCACUUACGCAUGGUCACCACAUAAUGGCAAUUUAUUCCCAUACAAAUACAUGUUCACAAAAUACUUGUCAUUGGCCAUUAAUUAAUUGGCAUGCAAGAUUACAAAAUAGGUGUUAGAAUGUACUUGUUAAGCUGAUCACUAGGAAUAAAGGUGUGUUUACACACUGGAAGUGGUUCAAGGCUAUAGCCAAAUGUUAUUGACUAAUGCGUAGAGUUUCAGUCAAUGAUUUUCACACUGCACUAUAGCUAGCUGUUACAUAUAAUUGAACCCUCCCUUCGAUAUUAAAUCUUGUUCUCACAGAGUUGUAUGUUGAAUUAAUUAUGAUGUUUGUAAUCAAUGCCGCAAAAUAAGCUUUUAAUACACCUUUUCAAUAAUUAUGUCAUGACUAUACUUCCUUGCCUUGCAAACUUGCUUUCAUAUGAAUCAUGAUAAUGAGGCUUCCAGGUAGGUCUUGGGGAGAUGUGUGACAUAUAUAAUCAUUGGUGAAUUGUGUCAUUCUUUUCACAUCUUCUAUUGAGACAUUCAAAGACUGGAUUGAUAUUCAAGUUGUCUAAGCUGGGAUUAUCUCGGGGAUUAUGUAGGGCUGUUCAAUCCAUGUAGCUGAUAUGCUGAAAAUGCUGGUAUUUAAUCCAAUAUCGAUGUAUAUGCAUGAGUUUUUCAGUCAUACUGAAAUACCAAUUAACAUUUCUGGUAUACAGGAAUCAUUGAUCCUGAUCUUGUAUUAACUGUUUUACUUGCAUGGAAUAUUGUCGAUGCCAUAUUGUUUUUACUUUUCAAAAUCAGGAAUUUAAGAGUUUUCAUGUUGAACAAACUAUAUGCCAAAAAACAGUUAUGGCAAUAUUAUCUCGAUAUUUCUUCCUGUAUACUGGUGCCAUCCUCGGUCCCAGGGCCUCACGGCUGACACUCCGGCAACGCAGUGUCAGCCGUGAGGCCCUGGGACCGAGGAUGUACUGGUGCCAGAAACUAAUUCAAAUACUGAAUACUGGGCCCCAGGCCUAGGGCGCGAAAUAACGGUCGGUCAACGGACAAUGUCCGGCCAGAAUGCGGAGUUGUCCGGUCAAAUUCUUACCUUGCCGGUCAUUUUGACCGAUCACUUUCGGUAAAAGAACAAACUAAUCUUCAUUAUAUAAUAAUAAUCAAAAUAAAGUGGUCAAGUACAGUAUUAUAAUUAAGAACCAUAACAUGCAUGUUGUCGAGUAUUUUGCAGGAAAACAACUCAAUGUACACCAGUUUUCGCACGCAGUACGUCACAAAGCCCAUGGGCCAUGGCCACGCCUUUGGCUUAAGAGCUAAGACCAUGCUUUUAGCACAGUACAAGCUGUUUUAUGUGUUUUAUGUGAAGGAAUUUUUAAUUACUGAUUACAGUAAGGCUUUUUGUACUGCUAUACUGGGAAAAUGGUCACAUUUUUAGGGGUAUACUUUACUUUGCUUUAAGCUGAAUAAUUUGACCGGCCAGAACCUCGGUAUGUCCGAGCUAAAAUUGAGUUGGACCCCAAUUUCUACUCAAACAUUCUUUAAUUUUGCCACAAAUUUUUUAUUACUAAUUAAGACUAUGUGCACACGGUAACGUUUCCGAGCGUUUCUAAAACGUCGUUUCCAAUUUUGUCAGUUUGACGCUCUGUCCACACGGAAACGUUUUCACGAGAUGCAAAUGUAUGUCUCGAUAAAAAUUCCAUCUCUAGCGGCUUGUUAUCACCAUUCAUUUUCCACCAGAUAAAGUCAUUACUUGUCAACGAGUUUCUUAAAAUGUUCUCUGCUCAUCAUAAAGUAAACAGUUCUAUAUGUACUGUUUAGCGUCACCGAUACGAAGUCUGUCGCUUCUUCGAAAGCAAACCGCAUUUUAAAUCGUUCAUAAAUCAUUAUACAUUUGAAAGGCUAUAUAUUUUGUUUUAUUUGUUGCUAAAGUUUUUAACUUAAGAAUUAAUGAUCCAAUGAAAGAUCUUAAGCUUCCAGGAAACAAAAAUAUAACAUUUUGAUUUUAAGCCGCCAUCUUGGAUUUUUAGCGUUUCAACGUGAAAACGCUUGUCCAAAAACGUUUUUAGCAUUGAGAACGUUUUCGUCAUAAGAUGACGUUUUCAUCCGUUUUCGUGUGGACACGGCUUGAAAACGACACUUUUUGAAAACGUUACAGCUGAAAACGCUCGAAAACGUUACCGUGUGCACAUAGUCUAAGGUGGCUCCCUAGGGUUUUAUUUCCGGGGGUUACGUUCUUCGUAUAUAUGUAAACUAAAACUCGUGUGAUUUCAAAAUACGAACGAACGUUGCAUCUACUCUGUGGUUGUGUUUUAUAUGGAACUCUUUUUUGAAACAAAAAUGCGAACUUUACUUUAGUUGAAAGCACAAAAGAGUUCUAAAAGCCAAAACGAUACUUGGAUGUGAUGUUUCAAAAGAAGAUAAUGUAAACUUGUUUUUUUUCAAGCGGUAUUCUGGAUGUUUUUUGAACCGCCGUACGCGAGGUUCGAUCGUGAACAUUGGGAUAUAAAGUUUCCUCAAGAAUUUGCAGUGUUUUCUCCACAAUCUAGCAGCACUUAUGACAAUAAAGAUGACUUAAAUAAUGAGCCCUCUACGGGUGAAAUGAGCAGGGCCGAAACUCCAAACAUACCGCUAUAAAAACUGAAAUUUGAAUGGGCAUUUUGCGAAAACAUCCGACGAUAGUACUCGCACGGGACGAAUUUUGACAAACAUUUUUCAAAUUAAUACCAAGAAGUCAUAACCAGUAAUUACCUAAAUAUCUUUGCCAUUUUUACAUGUAUAAUCCACGCUUAGUUGACCAUUAACCGACACAGUUAUAAACAGUAUAUCGAACAUAAUUUAUAUUUUGUUAUUUCGAAAAAGUCAUGCCUUGUUGUUUUAUGCAGAAUGCAUGUACUGUACAUGUCAGUUGGGGUAUUAAAUUGUUCGCGUAAAAAUCCGUAAAAAUUGCCAAAAUUAAACCCAAAUUUCUCUGUUUUCCUUCGGUAAAAUUUUUUAAAACUUUGCACAUUUUUUAAUAUUGGCACAACAAAUGCAAUAUCCUUUUUUCUUAAAAUUAAAUCGAAGGGAAAAUUCAGUUUAAUAUUGAUUUUUGACUUUUUAAAAUUUUCUAAGAAACGUAUCGAUUUAAUUUUUUUAAAUUGAGGGGAAAAAAUCAUUAUACAAGUAUUAUCUUUUAUGCAAAGUUUUAAAAAAUUUCACCGAAGGAACUUUUUAAAAUGACCUGAAAAAGACAAUUUUUGAUCUUUAUUCUAAGCAUGCUGUUGCCAUGACAACAUAUUUUUAACACAAAAGUAGCAAUUCGCAAUGUUCAGGAGAACAUUGUCAAUGUGUCCAAUAAAUUUCGUCUUCAUAUCAUGUAAAGUAAAGAAACAGGCGUCUCCUGAAUACUAUAGUGUAGUAAAUUAAAAAACCCUAGGGAGCCACCUUAAAGUCAAUCUUAAGGCCCGUUUACAUGGGCGAUUUUUGCUGCGAUUUUAGUUGCGAUUUUCUCCUUUUAGAGGAUGUAAAGGAGUGGAUGAGUUAUAAAUGUUCCAGGUUAUGAAAUCUCAUAACAACAUCAUUAAGUAAUCGACUCCUUCAGAUCCUCCAAAAGGCGAAAAUCGCAGCAAAAAUCGCACGUGUAUAAACGGGCAUUUACAUUCUAUUAUCUCUAAUUCUUAGUGCGAGUAGUCAGGAUUAAUUAAGUACGUUGUUAAAAAAAUUGCUUUCAAAAACUUGUUCACUCUAAAACUUCCAUUCAUAUCAUGUGUGUGAGUUCACCAAAACUGCAGAAAAUCUCGCAUCUGUUUUGUAUUAAAAUGGAAUUUCAAGUGAAAACCUUGAACUGAGAACAAUUGCGUAAAAUACAACUAUUGGCCAUCUAACAAGAAUCAAACUUGCAGUUCCGCGAUCUGGUGUAGAGCAGGCAGUAAAUCAAGAGCACAAUACAUCCAAAUUACAGCCAAAAAUUAGGGAGGUGAAGUGCAUUUUCCCUAUUCCCGCGCCUCGCCUGUCUCGCAGCCCGCGCCUCAAUUCUCCAACCCCUCCGGCAUGCAACGCAUUCCCCGCCGGCAACGCAUGCUAUAUUCUUGUGGAUAGUCCAAAACGAUUUAGGUUUGCUAUGUGGACGCGGAUUUUCUUUAUAAACACAAAAAAAUCCGUUUUCAAGCUAAUCCAUAUUGUAUGUACGAGGCGUACGUGAUUGUAUUUUGGAACUGAAUGAGUAAAUGGCGCCAUAAAUUCAGUUAGUGAACUAACAUUGACGCACUGCCUUGUGAUUUGUUAGGAACGUAGGUAAAGCAAUAACGUCCGAUGAAAACAGUGAUAAGGAAAAAGCAAGUACUUAUUAUAAUAAAGGUUAGUUCUGGAAUAAUAUUGCUUUAGAGUAUGUCGGCUAUGUAGCGUGUUAAUACCACACGCUAUAGAAAGCUGUUAUAGUAUAUAACUGUAGAUUCUUGCUAGAUCAUGAUCAGUUACUCCAUAUAGUGGCAUGCAGGCCUGGCAAGCUUUUUAUAUUCAGCCGGAUCGGAUAUACUUUAAUUUGUUAUUAAUCGGACAUUUUGAUAUACGGUAUUAUUAUACUGUAUAUCAAAAUGUCCGAUUAAUAACAAAUUAAAGUAUAUCCGAUCCGGCUGAAUAUAAAAAGCUUGCCAGGCCUGCAUGCCACUAUAUGGAGUAACUGAUCAUGAUCUAGUAAAUAGAAAUGUCAAUAGAAAUGAAAGUCCCAAAGGACUUUAAACCGUCAUGUCCUCAAUACAGCCACAUAUCGGCCAUUAUUCCCUGAAAGUGGGUCUUUAGCGUACAUGUCACUCUAUUUUGUAUGUAAAAAGACCAUGCUUACGAGCAUAAAUGCGUAUAUUGCAACUAGUUAUUCUAGAUCUGAUGAUUUUGCAUCAAAAUCGAAUAAAAAAAACUCAUAUAUGUCUUGUUUUUAUCCUUAUCCUGGUUUUGAAGAGGCUAAUCUCCGUCCGGAUUGUGUUUUGUUCUAGAUUUUUUUUUAAUUUUCGCUUUUAGUUUCCAAUACUCACAAUAGUCAAUAUCAAUAAGUUUAGUUUAGUUUAUAUGGAUUUUGCCGUCUCAAAAUGAGUAUCGAUCUGCAAUUUAUUUCAGCUUUGCGAAGUAUAGAUGUUGGUCUAGCUAUGAAGAUUUCUGAAAAUUCUCGUGAUGCUGAAAAGACAAAACAACUUCAUGAAAAACUCAAAAAGUAGGUAGAACAUGUUAUUCGAAGUUCUGUCAUUGCAUAGUUAAUUGAGGAGAUGGUUUGGAAACUUAUUAGCAUUACAAUAAACCACUAUGUUUUUGUUCAGGUUUAUGCAAAAAUGUGGUCUUUUAUCGUCACGUGCGUAUUGUAUUUUUGCUCAACCAGCCAAUAGCGACGGUUUUGUCCAAUUGCCCAUGCAUGACUCUAACAAUAAGACAUUUUGAACAUUCCUAUUGGUUGACUUGAGAAAAAUACAAUACACACGUGACGAUGAAAGACCACAUUUUUGCAUAAACCUGAACAACAUAGAUAAUGAGGUUUAUUGUGAUUUUAUUGUAAUGCUAACGAGUUUCCAAACCAUCUCCUCUAUUAACUAUGGUCAUUGAGAUCGAAGAAACACUCUAAUUUACAUGCUAUAUUGAAAAGCACCUUCAAAAGGUCUAAAGCUGAAAAGUUUUCCUUCAGAAUGUAAAGUUGAGGCUGUCAACUAUAUGCAGAUCAUAGGUCUCCCGAAAAGGUUUUUAUUUAAAACAAAUCUCAUAAAAUUGCGUUAAAUACAAUGCUUAUAUUCUUGCUUGAUUAAUUUACACUAAGACCUCUAUAAUUCGUAUUACAUGAAGUACAUCUUACACAGUGCAUGCCUUUUAUCAUUAUGCAUAUUAUUUUCCCAAGGUUGGCAAGAAAAUACCGAUCUAGCACUGUAUAUACAACAACUAAAUGACGAAAAACUUGUACAUAAACUCGAAACUCGUUAAAAACAUAAUAGUCAGACAUACCUUUAACAUUCCUACAUUGAAUUUUUUUGUUUUUUCACCACAUUAAAUCGAGUAAAUUUUGCCGAAAUGCAUAAAUUAUUUUACUCAAUUUAAUCAAUUUUUUUCAAAUUAUGCGGGAUGACAGCUGCCGUCCCGACGUCACAAAAUAAAGCUCUCUGAUUGGCAAGAUUUCAGUCAGCUUUAGCCAUCCAAUCAAAGAGCUUUAUCUUGUGACAUCGGGCUGUAACCGUCACCCCGCACAUAUUUGUUUUGCCAACUUUGGAGAAAUAAUAUACAUAAUGAUGCAACGCUACCUUUUCGGGAAACCUAUAUGUGCAGAUUAGACUUCAUUAACUUUUAUUAGUGUACUGUCAUAUAAAUCGGUUAAUGCUUAAGCCCUUCAAUAUACUUUCACUGCCUCGAUCAGAAUAAUGUUUUCAAAUGUAGGUUAAAGAUUCAAGUUGAGGACCGACUAAAAGUUUUAAACUCAGACGUAAAAGAACGAGUACCCACGAGACCACCACCACCAAUUCAAAGGGCACCCGCGAGACCACCACCACCAAUUCAUGUAAACUCUCAAAAGAGGGUUCCUCAUAGUUAUAUUCCAGUCGAGGUCAACAAUGAUCAACCAAAUGUACAGAGUUGGGAAGAUGCAAGGGAAUUAUUUUCUGUUAUGAAUCGUAUGUGCAAGUCUGCAAUACACUAGUUUUGGUGACCAUAGGAGAACUCUGUUGAGUGUCCUCAACAGAGUUCUUGAACGCACUAAAUACCUGUGUUCAAAUUAGCUACUUUGAUUUCUGCACGUUUGUCAUAAAUACUUCUCAUCUUGUGUCACGCGAAUCUUGUCAUGUUUAUUCCUCUCCUCCCGUUACCAAAGUAAACGUUAAUCCGCGGACGCAAAACCUGUUGUUGACCCUGUUCCUAAUCUCAGAAAAUGAAAGAAUACCGACUGACGCAUUUAGAGAUUAAUAGUGAUUUUCGCAUUUAGAGAUUAGUAGUAGGAAUUUCGUAAUGUGCUUCAACAGAAUCGCCUCAAUCGGGCUUCUGAGUAGUCUAUGUAUAUAUUUAGUCAUCCCUCACCUCGACCUCUCUCAUUCUUUUUUUAUCACCUUACUAAUUUUUUCUUUAUAUUUUUAUUUCACUAUUCACUCGCAUAAGUUCUUCCUGUACUGUCUCAACCGUCUAUUCGUUAAUGGUCUCUUCCUCCACUGCUCUUUCUUUUCAACACUUUUUUAUCGGCUCUAUUUCUACCAUUUUUUGUGGCAUCUCCUUUACCAUGUCUUUCAAUACCUCUUAUUUUAACAUCUAUCUUUCUACCACAUUUAACUGCCAUCAUUUUUAUUCCCCAUCUCUUUCUGUAUCUCUCCAGUAAUUAUUUCAUUCUUUUUGACCCUCCACCAUCUUUUCCACAACCAUCUUUUUUAAUACCACCAUCGCUUUUUUUUCAAUAUAUUUUCAACUAUAUACAGUAUAUCUUAUUGGCUUCACCAAAUCUUUCGUCCAUACGUCUUUCUGUAUCUCCUCAGUUACUUUUAUUACUUAUCCUUUUCUCUUUGGUUUUCUCCACUAUUUCCCUUUCGAAAGAACAAUUUUUGAACAAUUUCGUAAGAACAAUUUGUUAGCCUGAGGACGGAUAGUAAACUAUCCGAAACGUAGCUAAAAUAAAAGUAUUAUCAAAAACCUCUUGUGUGAUCCUUGAUUUAAAUUAAAAACACAAAAUUAUUUAUUUCCCUUUCUUUUCACAAACUCGUCUUCCCUUUCACUAUUUCUUCCUACACCAACUAGUUCAAUAUCUCUUCAUUUACCAUCUAUUUCUCUCUGAUGUUUUCUCCCACCAUGUUUACCUCUAUCAACCAUCUAUAAUAUUUUCGUCACAGAACCUUUCCCUAUGACUUCAUAAUGACCCGUUUCCUAACGCCACUUUUGCAACAUCUUCCUCCACUCACACUUCGUCCUCUACCACCUUAUCUACCACCACCAUAUGUUUCUGUUCCUUAUGCUCCCAUGUUUCCUUAUUCGACCUUCCCAACUCCAUCUGAUCCAAGUAACCCCCCCCCCCCCCCCCCUCCAUAGAUAUCCCAUUCGCACGGUCCUAACUUAUUUCUGACGCUAUGUGGCCAUAACCCUUCUUAACGUCAAGUGUGCCUGCACCUACUGUAUUUCGUUUGUUUUUUGUCGUCCAUCGUUAAUCUUUUCCGACUUCUCCAUCAUGUAGAACAUUACUGUUACCACCAUUUCUUAUUGCCCCCUCGUUUGUCUGGACCUUUUAGUACAUCUUUUAAUAACUGUUUCAUUUACAUCUGACUUGUUUUUCUCCCUUUUUCUAUCACUAAAAUUGAGUUCAAUCUAAAAUUUGCAUGUUGUGUAAAACAGUGUAAAACAUUUAAAUGUAAGUUAUGAUAAUCAGAAAUAUUGAUAUUACAUCUCUUUUUCUUAUAAGAUGUGAACAUGUUUUUUGUAUCAAAAGAAGGCGAUGUAACAACUCUGUAUCAGCCUCAAACUCUUCGUGCAUUGCAACUGGUAAAUGACUCUUCAGGUGUGUAAUCAGGAAUGUUUUAGGCUUCUAGCUUUAAUUCCUUACUGCUUUCUUGUUGUUACAGUACCUUGAACGAGAGAAUAACACAGUUAAUAGUCGUACAGUAUAACCCUAUGCAUUACAUUUUACUUAAAUUGUAACUGGUAAGAAGUUUAAUCAGCUCCAAAAGUGUUCUUCUGUCACCGUUUUUGAUCGUUUUUAGUAAAUCGAGGCACAAUACAACCAUUGGAAUUCAACUCUUUGAAAUUUACGGAUAGUGUAGUUGAAUAGUUCAGUUAAAUCAUCCCUGAUAUUACAAAGGAUUUUCUGCCUGUGCCAUGAUGAAAUAGUUAGUUUUGUACAAUUUAAAAUGUUUAUUAAAUCGGUUGCCAUGUCAGCAUAUAUUGUACAAGUGCACAGUAAAAUCUAAUUGGCGAUAAUACCCAUAUGUUGUGAGACUAAGCCAAGAAUUAGAACAAUAUCGUACCCAGAACCAUCAUGGUACAAGAUUGCAACAAAAAGGGAUAACCUCCGUUAUAGGUCUUAUAGUCAUACUGCGGUAAUUCUGUCUAUUUUAAGUCGUCUCAACUUUUUAGAUUCGAGCAAUCCAUCAGUAUUUCUACAAUGUGGAUCGUGGGUAUUUCCAUUGGUCCCAGGACGUUCGCCAGUGUUAAAAACCGAAGACAGAACGUUUAUGAUUCCCGAUAUAAAUCUGGACAGUGAACAAUCUGAUUCAUCGCAUUUGGCUGAAGGAAAGUUCCCAACAGUGGGGCUAGUUUUCUCUCCAGACACAAGCGAGGAUCAAAUUAAGCGAUUUGAAAGAAUUUUAAAGUGCUAUUCAGAUUAUAGACAUUAUACCCCUGCAUAUAGUCAGGAAAAUGAUACUGCAGAACCAUCAGCUAUUAUUCCAACAGCACCACCUGCAGAGCAGCCUAAGACACAAACAUCAUUAGUUCCAGUGAAUGAUGAAGCUGUUGCGCCGUCCAGUGAAGAAGUACAGGUGGUAUACAAUAUACGUUUCAGUUGGCAUAUUCAGCUGUAACAUUUAAACUUCCUGUUCAAAGUUUUCAACUAUUCUAUCUAUUUUGGCCGAUUCCAUUAGGUCAGUUUGUAUUUUGAACUGCGUACCCCCCAAUGACGUGUUCUAUAAGUCGGAAUAAAAUUACAUUUUAACCAGUUAUUGAAAAUUCAAACUUCAUUUGUGUUUUACGUAUAGUCAAAAUAUAGACAUGCAAUUUGGAUUGAGUAAGCUGAAGGUUGCUUGAAAUAUUAGCCGUCAUGGGGUUGGUUUGGUUCAAUUUAGCAAAAUAUUCCUUUAAUGACCUUAUUCUGCAUUUACACAUCUAGAGGACAAAAUAUGUUUGAUAUAUAAAGAUAUAACAGCUCUAUUCUGGCUUUAUACAUGUAAACAUGAAUGAAUGAAUGAAUGGAUAUAGUUGACUACUUUGACACCCAUAUAUUUAAAUCAUCCAGUUUCAGCCACAUUAUCAUUCUAUCUGACCGUUCAAGAUUCUCUCCUAUCAUUCAACUGCAUGCAAUGAUACCCUGAUUCGAAACUUUUUCUGUUACUUCGUGGUGUUGUGUUGUGUUGUGUUGUGUUGUGUUGUGUUGUGUUGUGUUGUGUUGUGUUGUGUAAAUCGUCUUGUAUAUGUUCAGUACUGGCCUAUUUGUCUUUUCUUCUACAGUAUAUGUUAAUAUGUACAGUAUAUGUUUUAUCAAAACUUACACUAUUGCUCUAAUCUUGAACCGAGUCGUGUAUCGACAGAUUGCAUUUUUUGUAUUUAUCCUUCUGUAAUGACCUUAUGUAAUAAUCACAUAAUAACCUUAAUAUUAAUAUUUUUCAGAGCACGACCUGGGGAGUCAAGGUUUCCAGGGUAAAUAUAUAUUUUAAUCUUUUUUUUAAAAAAGAAAAUUAAUUAUAACAUGGGUUGCUUUCUUUGUACACAGGGAAUUGAAGUUGGUGCUGUUCUUAUUUCAUGGGGUUUGAGUAAAGGUGCAGAGCUUGGUGGAAAUCUAAUUAAUCAGGUAAAUGCAUUGUUAUAAUUAGUGUUGUUUAUUCUUCGUUAAAACCACCUUGACUAUUUGCAAUUAAUAUUUAUCUCAUUUUCCAUACAGUAUAUGUGUUUAUUUUACCACAGGGAUCGGAAAAACUACGUGGGAAAAUAAAACCCAAUGAAGAGUCUGCACAAAUUGAUCCAAAAAUCGAAGAUAACGUACGACAAAUCAAGACAGCUACAGGUAAGCGGACCAUAUGUACUGUACAUUGUAGUUGAAACGCUAUUGUUCGCUCAUAAUAAUACCAUUAAAUGAGUUUAAAACGUACAAUUAAACAAAAAGUUGUACAGAACGAAUUUUUAUCUCAAUUAAUGUACAGUAUCUAAGGCUAUACCUUUACACGAACCAGGGCUGAUUUUCAACCCGGGUUGAAAGACUUCAUGGGGUUUGUUUUCCACGAUCAACCUUAUUUAAGCCAAAUUUGUGUACUUGUCCUAAAGCGAUUUACGUUUCACAUUUAACAUAUCAAUUGUUGCUUUUAUGAAUAUUAGAGCUUCUGGAGACAAAGGAAGAUAAUUAUUUUCAUGAUUAUAAUACCGGGUGUCCCAAAAAAAAGUACUCCGGUUUGAUUUAUAAUAACUUCUAAACAAAUAAAGCUAUCAAACAGAAAUAACUUGCAUUAAUUAGAGAAAGGACUAACUUAGAUUUUGAUAUAUUACAGUUGUAUUUUACUUAAAAAUUCAUAUUAAUGUUCCAAAUUGGGAGCAUAUUUUGGGAUGUGUCUAAAAUUAGCGAAAAUCGGCAUAUCAAAUAUUAACUCCAGCGUUUGUUUGCUUAAUGAGAUAUCAGGCUAACUUGUAUUUCAGCGAAUUGUCGUUAGGGUUUCUAAGGCAUAUGACGUAGAUUUAGAAAUCUUACAUGUAAGUCUUAGCUCAUUGUUUCCUGAAAUAUGAACGUUCGAAAUUAUGAAAGUAUUUAAUAGGUCUUUACAAACUUAAAGGUACAUGAAAGUCAUGCAAGGCAGGCGCUUAAAUUUUUCUUAGAUAGCCUAAUGUUUUUAUGUUUUUCGUGGGUUCAAAACAGACUUGAUUAUUUCUCGGUUAGAGCAGGAUGAAUAUUAUUCUUUAAUGAAGGAAAUAAUAUUGGUUUUUGCAAAUACACAUCACAGUAUUAACGCUACUAUUUUGUUACAUUUUGUUCCAAAAAUGUUGGAUGUCUCUGGGGAGUUGCUUGUUAUGUCCUAUGGAGUUGUAUGGUUUGAUUGUGUUUCAUUCUCGGUUUAUUCUGAACUUGCCAAGAUUAAGAAAAGGCAAAAGAGUUUGGGUGUUCUUAACAAGAUUUCAGAACGUUGCAGAAGUUAGAAGAGCUUCACAAUUCCAUUGUUACAGCAUACCCUAAUUCAGAACUACGAACGAUCCAUGACGAUCCUUCGCGAUGCAGUGGUCUCGUGAAAUAAGGAAACGUAUUCGUGCUAGGAACACACGCGGAUUUCGGACAAAUAAAAUCUUGCUUGUUUUGCAGAUAAUAAUACAGACUUUGUUUCAUAAUAAACAAUUUGUCAAGUGUCAUUUAUUUACUGGUGAUAGUGCAUGUUUCAGUCGGGCAAAUCUUGAUUAAUAUUUGAUACGCCGUUUUUUGCAUAUUUCAGACACAUCCAGAAAUAUGCUCCCGAUUUUAAACAUUAAUAUCUCCGUGAAUUUUUAACUGAAAUACAACUGUAAUAAUAUAUCGAAAUCUAAGUUAGUCCUUCCUCUACUUGAUGCAGGUUUUUUCUCUUUAAAAGCUUUACUUGUUUAUAAGUUACUACGAAUCAAACCGGAGUACUUUUUUUUGGGACACCCGGUGUAUCUGUCAAUUAUUGGACAUGUCCAUAUUUGUGGACGUUAAAUUUUGUCAAAAGACAUUUGAACGUGCAUCUGCAUUGACCAUCAUGACCGUUUACACGAGCCCAAUGAAGUCCCACGUGUUAAUGGGCCAUUCGCAAUUAAAUAAAUUUAAUUUGUUCAUAUUAGUUAAAUCACGACACAUGCAGAGGGGUUGUAAAAACGGAAAAGAUUCAUUAGCACAGACCUCUCGGUAUUUAGAGUUUAGCAUAGUAGGCACGAAAUAUUACAGUAAAGGGGUAUACAAAAUUUGGUUGCCUGCCAUGGGCUUAGCCAGAGCUAGGCCCGUUCACCCGUCAUUUGGGCGUGUAUUUUUUAAUGUGGACGGGCAAAAAAGCUCCAGUAUUUUGUCUUUAGUAAUUAAUACAACCAUACAAGCUUAAAUUUUGCUAUCACAAGCAAAUAAGUUACAAAUCUUUAUAUAUAUUAGCGAAAUAUUUAGUGUUUUAAGUCGAUUUUAACAAAAAACAUCGGUGAUUAUGUUCGUGAGGUCAACCAUGCUGUUUGCUUUUCAGUUUUGAGUGCAAUUUUACACGUGUUCUUUUGACUGCUAAAAAUCACGUUUUUAGAAGAUAAAGACCUAAUUUCAAAUUUAUUCCAAGGGAAACGUUUUGGACGGGUAGAUUGAUAAUCCUUGUUAGGUCCCUGUUGCUUGCAGCAUCUUCCCAUGCAUCUAUAUAUAUUUGUUUCCGUGUCCGCCACUAAUAGUGUUUAUAUAAUUUAAUUAGUUCAAUUAAUCUAUCAUAAAUAUUAUUAUUUAUUUGAAGGUGUUGCAUGUCAGGUAUCGUCAGCUAUCGUCUCUGCAGUUUCAGCUUUAACAUAUCAACUUGGAAAAGAACUAGCUCCCAUUAUUGUUGAACAAGGAUCUAAGGUUUACUAUUAUUAUUACUAUUAUUAUUAUUAUAAUUAUUAUUAUUGAUGAAUAUUUUAACAGGAUAAAAACGUCAGUUAUGUAAAAACUAAAUAAUUAAUUAUACAAAAACUGCUAUCAAUGUUUGUCCUGUAAAGUCUCAAGAAUAACAAAAAUAGGUAGAUCAAUAAAUAGAGCCUAAAAAUUACAUAAUUAUAUAAGAAUGGACAAAUAGGAUAAAAUAUCUUAGAAAUAUAAUAUUUCAGUACAAAGUUAAAAUGUCUUGAAAGAUAAACUAUUUCAAAAUCAUUGAUCUUCGUGUUGUUGUUGGUAAUGAAUUAAACAGUUUUGCUCCACCGAAGUAGAAGCUCUGCUUAGCUAGUUCCAGCCAAGAAUUGCUAAAGAUACUCGAGUGUGAAUUUGAGCUCGACAUUUCAGGUUUUUCACAAAAAUAUAGUCGUUUUUUUCACUUGCCUACCCAAAUUGUAAUACAAUUUCCUAUUGUGAAAUUAAUACAACGUGUUCGGUGUUCCUCCGACCCAGUCUCCUCUGUGCGCUACUUUUUUUUCAAAAUUGGCACUUUGAGCCGUUAUAUCUCAGAAACUAGAAGUUUAAACCAAAAUCUAAUCUAGAACUUCUAUUGUAACUUUUUACGCUCUAUCCGAAUCAUGCAAAACCCAUUUUGGGUUUAUAGGCACUUUAAUUCGUGACAGUUUAAUAGAAAUGCUGUUGUUUCUCGUUUCUUUCUCAUGACUAACUGUAUAAUAGGUAUAUUAUUGUACAUAUUCAGUUCACUCCCCAUUGGGGCUCUUCAGUGAGCGAUUACAUCAAGUGUCAUAUACUCUUACUUAUCUUACUUAGUAAUUAGCCUAGAAUAUUUAUCUUUACAACAAUUGUGAUAUUUCUAUAUCCUAACUAUGUUUAUCCUAACCUACCCUGCCCUGCCAACUUGCACUACAUUUGUUAAUUUAAUAUUAGGCGUGUCUGGUUAUUUGUUUCCUGCUUCCACAAUCUGCGAAACAAAAUGUUUUCUUUACCCAUAUUUAGAACUCACUGAUUAGAUUUGUUUAUUGUUAGCUACUGCCGCAAUCAGCAAAACAAAAUAUAAACAGCGAUGGAAAAGGUCAUAUUCAAGAAGUUAUGAAGGUUGCUGUUGUCGGAAUACAAGGUACUAUGAGAUCAAUUUGAUUGUGUUAAGUAUAUUGCUGGUUACAUGGGAAUUCAAAACAUUGCUAUUGGUAUAAGUUUGGUAAUACACACAACCAUGGCCGAAUAUACAUUGCAUUAACCAGGGCCGUCCCGAGCAGUAUCUGGUUGGAGGGGGGGGGGAUUCAAAAAUUGUGGCCCCCUUCCUUUCGGGGGAAGGAGAAAAGUACUUUUUUGACCUCCAUUUUUCAGAAAAUUCCUUAAUAUUUAACACGUUAUGCAAUUCCCCCAAGUAGUUUCGGCCCUGGCAUUAACCUAGACAAAAGCGUACUGUAGUUAUUUAUACAUAUAUUUCCAUUAAGUUGCCCAAUGUGUUUUGCACUUUCUAAACUAAGUUCCUAAGUUGUCUAAUUUCGUUGCUUAUUUUGAGGUGUACAUGUCACGAUUUUUUUCUACCUGUAGUCUUAGUUCGUUCUUUUAUGUUAUAGGGCUUGCAGUUGUUCAUGAAGGGUUAACGGAUGCUUGGAAAAUUUUGUACUCCAGUCUGUCUCAAGCCACAGUCACAACAGUCGAUCAUAAGUACGGUUUUGGGCUUUUUUUUAUAUACACCUGGUAUAUAAAAGAAACAUGAAUGCAUUUGUGUUGCGCUUUUUUCAAAUAAUUUUCAUUUGGAUCAAUUCCAAUAUAUACGAUUAAUAAUACGAUUUUUUCCGAAUAAAUCUUAGAGUUUUUAAACUUGUUUUCAGGUAUGGAGAACAAGCUGGAAGAAUAACUGGUGAUGCAAUGGGAGCUGUUGGCAAUGCAGUUGAGGUGCGCUCUCAGGGGGCCCCACUAUGAGUUAUGAUUGAAAUAAUAUUGUAUUUAUUUUUAAAAACCUACUUGAAUCCCUUGAUAAUCGAUUAUUUUUUCUCUCGAAAUUCUGUAAAUAUUUUAAACUGCUUGGAGUCAUUAUACUCUCACUCUACAUGACGUUUCACGAAGUAUAGAUGAUCGCUGACA